ACUUUGAAUGUAUGUCGUACGUGUAGUCUGUUCGUAAAAUACAGGUCGACAGUAAUAUUUUUAAUCAACGAAGUUAAACUUGCAGUUGGAAUAUUGAUUGUUCAUAAUGCGAUUGACAGCAUUUCUUGCCUUCGGCAAAAAACCGAUUGGAUUCAAGUAUAGAGGAAAAAAUCGAGUUGUUAAAGAGAUUAAACCAUAUGAAUUGAAGGCUCUAAGAAAGGAUUAUGAAAGAACAGAAAUGAACAUGAUGUGGUUACGCCAUCCUUAUUUAACAGUUGAACAAUCAUAUGGACAUAUGAGUCAUUUUAAUCGAACAAAGGAAUUUUUCAUAGAAUGCGCAAGGCUCAGAAAUGAAAAAUUUGCAAAACAUGUAACCAUAGCUGAGAGAUUAGAACAUCUAAAAGUUAGUGAGAAGUGGGAUUAG